AUCCAUCACAAUGUUGGCUCCAGAUCUGUUUAAAAUUAAACCAUCCAAAGAUAAUGUUCAUUUCAUUGACACAAAUUUGGAUAAUGAUAUAAUUAAGAAGAACAUCAUCGGUCAUCACUUUAACCAUGGAAUUGUUGCAGUAUUUCCAGAUACUCUUCAGAUAUGGUCAAAAGUUAAAGAAAGUUUAUCUCAUGAUUCGGAUUACUACUUGUUUUCAAAUUUCCCAAUUUAUCAUUUUAUCGAUUAUGCAUUUAUUGAAGCAUUUGUAAAGAAAGGAGAAGUAACAGCAUUAAGUGUUGAAAAAAUGCUGGAUGUCGAAAACUGUUGCUGUCUGACACCUACUGGGAUCUUAGUUCUGUCUCUUCAGAGAAAUCAUUUUCUCGAAAUGGGUAUUGAACAAGGACCUGCUGUGAAAAUAAAGGAAAUUGACAAUAGAUAUUUAAUAUUCAUUGAUCUAAAAGAGAAGUGCUUCAAUCCUAAAAAGAAAAAUUUUCAAAGAGUUUAUAAUCGUCUAAAAGCGACUAAUUUGAAAAUGGAUAUUAUCCUCCUCUGGGAACCUGAAGACACUAAGAUCUGUCCAUCUUCUGUAGCUUCUUACUUUCAUGGAAAGGGAAUUGAUUGCUAUGAAUCCGAAUUAAAUUAUGAAGAGAAACGACAUUAUGAAGUAAUGUUACCCAAAUUUGAAACAUCUAAUUUUGAGAUGUUUGAAUGGUUGGGAAUAUAUUUACUCGGUGGACCUGAUACAAAUGAUGAUAAUACUCAAGAAUAUUUAUCCACAUAUCAGCAUCCUGAAGAUUCUGAAAUUAUAGGACAAGUUUUAACUUUAAAGUGGACUGGGUUUGUCUCUUCAAGAAGAAUUUUAAAAUUAUUGGAUAUUAUGAGAGAAUAUGUGUCUGUUCGCCCUGGUAUACCAUGGGUAGCUCUUCAUGUCCAUGGUUUUGAUGAUGCUCCUCUAUCUUGGAAUUUGCAACCACAUAAAUUUACAACAAGGGGAGACAACAAUUACAGUUUAGUUUUUAAUUCUAGUAUGAAAGUAAAAGUUUGUAAAACGUUUACAUCUUUUAAAAAAAUUUGUUGAUAUUUAAAUGUAA